CCCACUUUUUAUGGUGCUCCGUGGCCCCUGUGUGUUAGGACCUUUUACUACAUCCAAUUCCUUGUUCAAUCGCGUCUUCCACUAAACUGUCUUUGACAUGUGCGGAAGGGUUCCAUUCAGGCGAUCGAUUUGUGAUGAUGAAAUAUUUCCAUCUUUUCAAGUAUUUUGGUUUGAUAGACACUCUUUCCCAGGUCUCUCAUUAAGCCCGCUCGGAGGUAAGAUUGGCGUUUGCGAGCAAGAUUCGAGAGAUGGGCUGACUGUGGUUUGCUGUUUUGUCACGAAGUUUCACGCAACAAGAUAUACAGUACUGAGAUGUCACGUAUGUAGAGCGGCCAUGAUGGAACCUUGCAGAGCCUCAAUAUUAUUAUCAAGAUGUUUGUGUUGAAUGCUAGAUAGCCUUCUGACCUCAGGGAAAUAAUACAAACAAAUAGCGGCCACCGUGUUUGAAGUAAACCAUCGCAAUAUCGCCAAAUCUACUCAGAGAUAAUGGGAAUUUUUGAUCAACGUUUCUGGACAUUGUCCUUCGUCUGUCAAGACAACCUUUGUCAACACUCUUGUUUGUUGACCAAAGACUGCUCUUACACUACUUCCACUAAUAUAACGGUACAUAUGGAUAUAUAUGAUGAUACUUCUAUCUACGUAUAAAAAUUGAGGCUCGUCAACUCGACAUUUACCGAGCGGUUUUUACAUGUGUUUGUGUUUUCUUGGAGAGACGAGAAUGCUGUGAUGAGGAUGAGGAUGUCCACUGUCUAUUUAGUUCGCAGAACUUUAGGGAUUCUAGUUGUAAUUUUGGUAUUAGUAUCCCUAUAUUGGAAUUAUAAACUUCAUGCUACUAAAAAGAAACAGUUUAGUCAACCGUCUUUGGAGUCAUUGACUCAGAGAGACGAAGUUUCAGCUUUGAAGAAAGGCAAGAUUUCAAGCCACAAAAAUAGAGGCACAACCACGACAAAGUCUGCUGUUACACACGCUACUACACGUGGCGCUCCAACCCGGUUACUCCAGAAACUUUCACAGCUUGAAGCAAGACUUAAUCAAAGCCAUGCAGUAUCUAUGAUAAUUUUCCACGAUCCUGAAAAUGUUUUGAGAUCAAAAGAUUCUUUGUAUGGAUUAAGUCUAGAGAAACAAGGGUAUAAAGUUAAAGUGGUGUCCAACUUAUCUGAAGAUGGUCCAGAUUCCAUGAUAAGCAGUAGUUGGAGUGGCAUAAUGUGCUAUUCACAAAGACAGUCUGGAAGUCACCCUUGUUUAAACAAAAAAUCUUUAACAAAACUAAAGCUACACCAAAAGGUAUCCUACAUCCCAGGACUGGAUAAGAUUCUCAUUCUGCCAGAUAAAUUCUGUUACACCAUGUCUGCAGCACAUCAUCUACCAGCUCUCACGUCAUCUCCUCUCUCUGUACCAUGCUCUGUAUCACCAUCCAAGAGCAUAUCAGAGAAGGUCUUUAAGUCUUUAGAUAACUCCACACUGUUCCUUAUCAAACCAUCUGAGGAAGCUUCACCUCUAAUUACCUUCACAAGAAUGUUAACAGUAGAAAGGAUGUUACAAAUAAAAGGUGUUCUACACGCCAUUCGCCACCCUCUGUUCAUCGAUAGUCAGCCAGUAAUUAUUAAGGUGUACGUUCUUAUCACUUCGAUGACCCCCCUGAGAGUCUUCAGACACCAUGAUGGAAGUGCGGUGAUCAUGACCCAAGAUAAGGGUAUCAAGGAAACAUGGACGCUGCAUCAAUUAGAUGUUUAUCUAAGUGAGUCGUUUAGUGCGAACGAUGUUUCAAGGGCUUGGAGUCAAGUGGAUGAGAUGAUCGUCAAAUCUCUGAUGAUCAGUGAAUCUUCGUUACUCGGUGACAAACUCAAAAUGGAAUUACUCUCUCAAAGUUCCAAUUUCUUCCAUCUUCUUGAAUUUUAUUUCACUUUUAAUUCUUCGUUGCAUCCAUUUCUUCUUGAGGUCAAGCCAACGUUAGAUGGAAGUACUUCACCAGACGUUGUAAGGGAUACUAUACAACUAGUGUUCGGUGCUACCUCAUCUGUCAGACACGUGCAUGAAAUGUUGCAAAAAGAGAAUAAGACCAUUGGAGUUGAGGGCUUGUACUGUUCUCAACAACACAAGAUUUGUCUGGAUGACAGCGAACUAGUUUAUGUAAUAGAGAACCACAGACAAGCAACAGCAUUGGGGCGAUUCAAGAAGCUGUAUCCUACCUCUGAAAGUAACAAAUAUCAACAGUUACUGGACGAUCUUGUGUCAUCCGAUGAUGAUUCUCUUGAUUCUCGCCUCAAGACUCACAAAAGGCGAAGUACGCCGCAGUUGCAUAGUGUGUUAACCGAGAUGGAGAGUUAUAGAGAAGGGUUUGCUAGUGACGGUGAUGUACCACACGUUGAUCAACGGAAAGGAUAUUGGGAAACRGACGAUGAUGAUUAUCCAGACAAGAUUUCGCCAGAUUCCAGUAGCAAUGUACAGAGACAAAGUCGUCCAAAAUGCAAUGAAGAUUCCAGUGCAGAUCCUGUUCUUACUGCUAUUUAUAUCGAUCCUACAUCAGCUGACUUCACCCCUGCCUUUACUCCAGAAAUAACCGAGUAUGAUGUAACUUUCCCAUUUGAUGUCGCGGUUGUGAAAAUCUGGGGUGCAACAACGUGUGGCUCAGAGGCCAGAGUCAACAGUGUGACCGGUACAUCUGGGGCAGCUAACUACUCUGUUGGUGUUGGAUGGAACAAGUUUGCUAUUCACCUAGUGGACACGUCUCUCGCUCAUCCAUCAGUCAUUGGCACGUACAAUAUCAAUAUCUAUCGAAGAGGGAGAAGCAACCAACACAAGCCUUUCAGCGACUCAGCGACGACCCACGAAAUGUGUUCUUUGAAACAAGAUUGCGAUUUGAAAGCAUUUCCGGGACUACCUUGCGGGCCUCAAAAGAUUCCCGAGAAAACCAUGAACGAAUUCCUGGAGAGUAGAGUUGAUUUACCGUGGUGUGAGAAUGGUGACGCUCCAGGUUCCUGGGUGUUUCCAUGCGCAAACUGCAGCGAUCCAAGCUCUUGUUUCUGGCGUGAAGCCAAGUGGACCCCUGACUCGUGUACACACAACAUUCUGUCCAACAAAGACGCCAAGACGUGUCUGGCUAGUAAAAAGAUUUUAUUUGUUGGUGAUUCCACCAAUCGAGGGAUAAUGUAUUACUUGAUGGAGAAGAUUAACGGCUCUCUCCAACAAUGGGAGAAAACCCACUCGAUGAAGGUGUACAGCAGUGCACUGAACGAUGGAAAAACAUCUGUGAGUUUUGCAUAUUAUCCACAGUUCUGGCUCCCUCCCGACAGAAAACCAGUCUUCCUGAAGGCUUUGCAACAUCUUAUGGCCAGGUUUAUGCCUCUCACAAACAGCACCGACACUAUCCUCGUGGUGGGAGGGGUACAGUGGCUGUUACCUAGUCAUGUGAUUGCUAUAAAGACGACUGUUAGCAGUCUAGGACUUGGUGGGAUCAAAGUCAUCAUCAAGACUCUUGGUUCCGGUUUUCAUCUACCUGUUCCUGGGUUCGUCAAACUGAAUCUGGAGGGUCAACAGAAAGUUGCCCAGAGGAAUCAAAUGGUAAUGAAAGCAGCAAGAACAGCUGGGUUCGAGGUAGUGGACACCCAUGCUAUGACAGUCGCCAGGUAUAAAGAGUUCCUAAUGGGAAAAUGUGGUUGUCAUUUUCACAAGGUAGUUGAUUUAAGGUCCCAUCAACGAGAAGACGAUGAGAUCCCAUCCACACUGCUGAACACAAUGGAUAGUCUUCCAAGAUACCACGUUAUAGGACCCAUCAAUAGCGCUUAUUCAGAGAUCAUAAUAAGCAGAAUGUGCAGCUGACAUACGUACUAGUGAGCCCGUAGAUAUCACGCAGUAUGAAGUUGUAAAGGGCUUUGACGAGUUACUGGGUGCCAAAAACUGAUAUCCUUUAAGAAACGUUUCAGUUGAGUAUCCUUGAAUGGGACGUAUUUUUUAAACAGUUUUGUUUAAUAACUAUAAAAUGUAUGACGCAUUGACGAUAACUUGGUAUUUUGGAUGUGAAACUACAGUUCUCCAAAAAGUGUCGCGCAAUGGCRGAUGGGAAUUUUUGUUCUGAUUGGCCAAUGAUAUCGAUAAAAAAUUGAAAGACAGAAAGAAUUAUGGGUAAUCGUUAUGAGCCAAUGAACAUCGGAAAAAUCACAGAAACAAAUAAAUUACUUGUUCCCAAAACUCCUUAUAUGGAGAAAUAAAUAGAGGUUAUCAGUCGGCUAAGCAUCUGAUACGGCYGUGUAUUUUUACGAGUCACGGAGUAUUUUGGUUGCAAAGAAAUGCUCAAACUCUCUCUAAACCCUAUCGUACCCAGCGCGAGCAGAUAAGAACGGUGCUGAUACGACCUCAUAUCAGGUCUUUUUCCAUAUCACGCACGUUCUUUGCAGAAUUAGAUGAUAAUAAAAGGUAAACACGUAGUUUAUGGGAAUUGCUAUUUACCUUUCCACAAAAUGAUGAAUUAUUUAAUACAAUUGUACAGAAAGGAAAAUAAUAUCAAUAAAAUUUAUAGACCCUUUCUUUUAAA